GUGCCUCCCGGGCCCCGAGAUGGGGGUGAGAGGUCUGCAGGGCUUUGUGGGCAGCGCCUGCCCACACAUUUGCACGGUGGCAGACUUCCGAGAGCUGGCGGGCCGGCACCGGAGCCGGCACCCCGGGAGCACCCCCACCCUCGUGGUGGAUGCCAUGUGCUGUCUGCGGUACUGGUACACGCCCGAGUCCUGGGUCUGCGGCGGCCAGUGGCGAGAGUACUUCUCUGCGCUGCGCGAGUUCGUGAGAGCCUUCGCGACGGCUGGCAUCAAACUGGUGUUCUUCUUUGAUGGCACGGUGGAGCAGCACAAGAGGGACGUGUGGGUCAAGCGCAGGCUCAAGAACAACAGGGAGAUAGCCAGGGUCUUCCACCACGUCAAGUCCCGGCGGGAGCAGCCCGGCAGAAGCAUGUUCUUCAUCCCCUCAGGGCUGGCCAUCUUCACCCGCUUCGCCCUCAAGUCCCUGGGCCAGGAGACCCUGUGCUCGCUCCAGGAGGCCGACUACGAGGUGGCCUCGUACGGCCUCCGGCACCACUGUCUCGGGAUUCUCGGAGAAGAUACCGACUACUUAAUCUAUAACACCUGCCCCUACUUCUCCAUCAGCGAGUUCUGCCUGGAGACCCUCAAGACCGUCAUGCUAUGCAGGGACAAGCUGUGUGAGAGCCUGGACCUUCACCUGACAGACCUUCCGCUGCUGUCCUGCCUGCUGGGCAACGACAUCGUCCCAGAGGGCGUGUUCGAAAGCUUCCGGUACAGGUGCCUGUGCGCCUACACCUCUGUGAAAGGGAACGCCGACAGGAAGGGCAGCGUCAUCUUGGCCGUGGCGGACCACAUAGCUAAGGUCCUCCGCCUGCACCGAGGCCAGAAAAGACUGGAAGACAUGCUCCCUCUGGGGCCCCACAGAGCCCUUUUCUAUAAAGGAAUGGCGUCGUAUCUUCUGCCCGGCCAGAAUUCCCCAUGGUUUUUCCAGAAGCCCCAAGGUGUGGCAGCUUUGGAUAAGCAGGUGGCGUUCGUGUGUCCAGACCCCGGAUCCCAGCAAGAAGUUCCUGCGAGUACUGAGCCGGAGUCCCAGCAAGGGGUUCUUGUGAGUACUGACUCUGCACCCAGGCAAGACACGGCCACGUGUGCAGACCUCGCUUCGAAGCAAGGAGCUCCCCUGAGUUCGGACCUUGAAUCCAAGCAAGAAGUCCCCACGUGCACAGAUCCUGACUCUCAGCGAGAAAUGCCCGUGAGUGCUGACGCCGGGUCCAAGCAAGAAACGCCCAUGAGUAUCGACCCUGCAGCCGAGCAAGACAUUGCUGCGUGUGCGGGUCCUUGUCCUAAGCCAGAAGUUCUUGCCUGUGCGGACCUGGAGCCCAUGCAAGGAAUCCCUGCGUGCGCAGACCCCGCUUCCGUACAGAACCUGCCAGCGGGUGCAGAUCCUGAACUGGAGCCAGAAGCUCCGGUCAAGCAGGCAGAUUUCAUGGGGAUGGAUCCUGAAGUCAAGCAGCAGGCCCUGGUGGCAGACCCUGACAUCCUAGAGGUAUGUAGACGCCCGCCCGUGCCGUCUGUCUGUCUGUCUGGUUACAGACGUGCCCGCUGCUGGGUCUGCCCGGGAGCAGGUAAACAGGUGGCCAGGACACGCCACGUCCGGGCCGAGACCUACCUGGUAUACAACAUCAUGAGCGGCGGGGAGAUCGAGUGCAGCAACACCCUGGAGGACGCACUGGACCAGGCGCUGCCCAGCCAGGCCUUUGUCUUCCGGCCCGUGCGGCAGCGCGUCUACUCCCUCCUGCUGGGGCCCGGCGCAGAUGGCGCCCGCACCUGCCCCGCGGUCAAGGAGUGGUUUGUGUACGCCGGCAACCCGCUGAAGCAGCCCGACCUCGUCAGGCCUCUGCCCAUCAGCAUCCCAGGGGGGAUGCCUAGUCUGAGAUCACUGUGGCUGGACCAAGGCCCCCAGGUAGAAGCCCAGCGCCUGGAUGCACUCCUGGCCUGCUUCGACCUUUCCUCCGCCAGAGAAGAGCUGCAGGCCGUGGAAGGCCCCUUCCAGGCGCUGUGCUGCCUCUUGAUGUACCUCUUCGUGCAGGUGGACACGCUGUGCCUGGAGGACCUGCAUGCCUUCAUCGCGCAGGCGCUGUGCCUGCCGGGGAAGUCCACCGUGCAGCUCGAGGACCUGGAGCCCGACUACAUCGACUCCAGGGCCGUGCAGCUUGGCUCCCUGCUGGUCCGCGGCCUCACCACCCUGGUGCUGGUCAACGGUGCCUGCGGCUCUCCCUGGCUGCUCAGCGACCUCAUGCCCUGGAACGUGUUUGAUGGGAAGCUGUUUCACCAGAAGUACCUGCAGGCUGAGAAAGGGUACUCGGUGGAGGCACUGCUGGAGCAGAACCGGUCUCGGCUCAGCAGAUUCCAGGCCCUGAAGUCAGCCGUGUGCAAGGCCUGCGCACAAGAGAACAGACGCAUCAGCAGCAGGCAGCCCUGGCGCUCACACCACACAGGCAGGUGGGGACGGCAGGAGUCCAGUUCCCACAGGACGAGCUCCGGGCACAGCCGGUCAAGCACAGGACAGUCGUGGCGAGAGCAAGGGAGUCGGCAGUAUGAGUCUGACCCACGGAGGAGGCACUCGGGGUCUUCUGGGUGGUCCAACUGAGGCUCUGCUGGGACGGGACAGAGCCUACCUCGUGUGCACAGAGGCUCUUCCACCCUUGGGCGUCAUUUGGACAUAAAAGCAACACACCGGUGGUCCGGGAGGUGGCGCAGUGGAUAAAACACUGGAUUCUCAAGCAUGAGGUCCCAAGUUCAAUCCCUGGCAGCACAUGGACCAGAGUGAUGGCUGGUUCUUUCCUCCUGUCUUUCUCAUAAAUAAAUAAAUAAAUAAAUAAAUAAAAUUCUGUAGAAAAAAUCAGCACACCGCACUCAUCCUGCAGUGGGCACUUAACCGCAGGACGGCUUGCAGGCUCUGGGGAAGCAGGGCCCAGGCUUUGUCUGCUGUGGAGACCGCGCCGAGCCUCUCCCCGACACGGGGACAGGGAAUGGCUGUCCUGCAGGAAGAGAAGGAAGACGCAAGUGGUGGCGUGUCCAGAGCCUCCUGUGACUGCUGCCCACAGCCGCCCGACAGACCUGGGCUGGAGGGUUUGUCUCAGCAGCCGGGCCCACGGGUUCCGCGGUGCCCGCGACCUACCAGGACCCGCGCGAGCAGCCGCUGUCUCUGCUCCUUGUUGGAUCUGGUCAGAGGAGCCCUUCUGCGUUUUGUUCAGACGGGUUUGUGCAGGGCGAGUUGGCCGGCCGGCCUGCCUGAAGCAAGCAUGUGCGUGUGCGAGCUCACGACGGCGCCGAGGACAGCAGCACAGCCGCCCCGCCCAGCGUUGCUCAGCCCCGGGACCCGCCGGCCCAGGGCCAGCUGUGGACUUGUGGCUGGGCGUCACGGGGAGCCACCUGCCCUCCUCAGCUUCCGCUCUCCCUGUGGGCCUGUCACCACGGUUCCCGGGGGAGACACGCAGACCUCCAGGGGGCCCCCCCAGCCCACCUCUUCCCGGCCACGUACCCUGUGCGGUCUCCGCCACCCUGGCGUUCCCCUCAGUUGGGAUUCCUUGCGAGGAAGGAGCGGUAUUUCUGCUUGCCCAUCCGCUACCGCUCCUCUGCGGUAUACGUGGCUCCUUCUCCGUGUGGCUCUGGGGCCAGAUGGCACGGCAAGACGUGAGCAGCGCUCCCCUGCCCGCCCCUCCCCAGGCAGUGCCAGUGUGACCUCCCCCGGGGGCGCUGCAGAACCACUGCCCAUGGGGCGGGUGUCCAGGCUGGCGGCCCUUCCUCACCCCCAACUUGGGUGCCAUGGGGCUUCUGCCAUAGCUGUGUGUGUGUCAAGCCCGUCUCCAAGAAUGGCUUCCCGUGUCACGUAAUGUCUGACAAUAAAAAAGCGAUGGCUGGCAAA